AUGGACCUGGGUCUAUCCGAGGGCACCCUGGAGGCGAUCUGCGCGCGGGGAGAGAAGCCCCCAGCACCCGUGCUGCAGGUGCAGGGUUACCGGCUGCUCCAGGCGCAGAGCGGCAGUGAGAGAUACCGGCUCAUGCUGACGGACGGGGUCACCAAGAGCUCGUCCGUGAUGCUGGCCACGCAGCUGAACUCCCUGGUGACCGAUGGCCGCGUGAGCGCCGGCUGCGUGGUGCGGGUCGACUCGUACAGCAGCACGGAGCUACGUGACGGCAGGCGCCUCGUGCUCCUGCUGGCCCUGGAGGUUCUGCGCCCGGGGGAUGGGGGCGGAGGGGAGGCCUUUGGGACCCAGGGUGAGGCCACCGCCACGAAGGCCCGGGGCCUCUCGUUCCAUCUGUCCACCCACCAGUCUGUCCAUGCACCUGUACGCCCAUUCACAAAUUUGUCUAUCCAGCUACCUGUCUGUGCGUUUAUCUUUCCGUUCACCUGUCUCUCCAUCUGUCUGUCCGUCCGUCCUGUCAGCUGGCCAAACGGGGUUUAUCAUUUUAAAUGCCCUCUGUCACUUCUGUACUCUUGCUGACACGCACAUUGG